AUGGCGAAAAUACUUGCUUGGCUAUCUGGAAAGCAGUCAGAGCAUGCUGAUGAAGCAAGCUCAGCUGACGGAGGAUCGGGCGAGAACGAUGUCGUUCCUGGGGUUGAAGAGUAUUUAUUGGAUGCAGGGAUGGCAACUAUUACAACUUUACAGACUCUUUCUGCACUUGCUCCGCCGCUCUCUGUCGUCUCGCCGGUCCUUGAACUAGCCGUGCGCAUUGUCCGGACCUGUGAAACGAUCUCGCAAAUCAAGGGCGAGAUAGAACAACUUCAACGACGCGUCUGUUCUCUGGGUGUCUUGGUUGUCAACAAAUCGCAACAGCAACAGCAACUACCAUCCAAUGGCGGUAGCGAUCCAGAUUUUGAUGAAACCAUCAAAACUCUUCAGUCUACUCUCAACAGUGUUGUCAAAGAUUUGGAGACAAUAAAACGACAGAACAAAUGGCUCCUGAUUAUAUGGCCAGACCUCAAUAGGGGCAAAGUAGUAAAACGUAUGGGGGACUUGGAUUACGCUCUCCAAACCUACUUUGUGUCCCACAACGUUCGCGUUGCAGAGGUUCUCACGAGUUUGCGGUCAACGAUGAAUCGCGUUGAUGAAAACGUUAUUAUAAUGAAAGACCAGGUCCAGCGCCUGAUGGAUUGUACACAAACACAGCAACCGCACUGCUCAGAAAGCACUGGCAAAGACGAUAUCCCCACCAACUUUGACACUUUUUAUGGUCGGGUAGAUGAUGUUGCCACCAUUGUGCAAUGCCUCACGGAUCAGCACAAUGGUAAUGACUCCAGGCAACAUGUCUGGAUCAAUGGUCCUCCUGGGAUAGGAAAGACGUCCCUGGCGCUGGAGUUGAUCCGUCAUCCUGCGGUAGUGAAAACCUUUGGCAAAUAUCGAUUUUGGGUGCCAUGCACGAAGGUUAUGUCUCACCAACACUUCAUACGUAUUCUUUACACUCAGCUGUCGAUCACUGCGCGGUCAUACGACGGUCUCGAGACGCUGAUCGACGAGCUGAGCGCGACGAACGACCGAAGAUUGGUACUGCUGGAUCACUUCGAAACCGUAUGGGAUUUGGACGGCGUCGACGAAAGCCAAAGCCGCGUGCAGGGUAUCCUGUCUCGGCUUGCAAGUUUGCCAAACGUAACGUUGCUUGUCACCAUCACUUCGUCCCAGCCGCCCCCCAAGCAUCCGCGAUUCCAAUGGCUGGAUACGAAGCUCGACGUCCUUGACUCGGAAUUCGCCGUCGAGGUUUUUAACUUCCACUAUGAAGGACAAAAUCGGGAAGAAGUCAAGAGCCUCCUGGACAAGGUCGACCGUAUCCCCUUGCUUAUCAAACUUAUGGCCAUCGAUGCACGCAAUUCGAAAAUGUCGAUUGCAGACCUAGCAGAAGAGCAGGGUAAUGGUCGCUCGACAUCCAUGGAUAAUAGGAUCAAGUCCUCCUUUGAUGUCAUUUUGCGCGACUCGAAUCCCGAAGUUUUGGAGCUCUUCGCUGUGCUGUCAAUGCUCCCCGCAGGUACAACGUUCGACAGACUGGGUAAAAUAUGGGCUCCAACCAGGACCGAUCCAACAACAGGGCAACAAAAAACUAUCGCAACAAGCUCCAACGUCUCCUCUUUACAAUCAUCAGCCUUCCUGGUAAAUCUAAAGGCGACAGACAAGAGCGAAAGCAACAAGCUGUUGUUAUUCGCCAUCUUUCGCAAAUACAUCCGGCAACACAAUAUGGUCUCGCGCGAGGUGAAACGGCACGUCCUGGACGCAUGCUACGAGUACGUAACCAAACGCCGGUCUCAUCCAGACGACGCGCAUUUCAAAUCAUACAUAUCCGAGCUCGCAAGCGAAGAGGACAACAUCAUCUGCCUGCUCCAAGAAACGGACUCCAGCGCGCCGGACCCCAAGCGCCGCGCACAGGCGCUCGUCGGAUUCAGCUACUACCUCUCCAAGAAAAAACAGAGCGUCGAGUGCGCACGGGUCGCCAGGGACGCGGCGCACGCUGCGAAAGACGAUCGCAGCCUCGCGCAGGCGCUGGUGCUCCUCGGGAAGCUGUGCCACCGCGUGGCGAAGUACGACGAGGCGUGUGAGCACUUUGUCGGUGCACAGAGCAUUUUCGCGGACAAGCUGGGCGAUAAGGCGCAUGCGGCCGAGUGCUUGCUUGAUCUUGUGCGAACGUGGCGGUACAUGGAAAAAGGCACGAAAAGUAUCAGUGAGAUGAAGAAAAUCACGGAGAAGGCUAAUAAGAUGUUGACCUCUACCAAGCCGAAGCCGAACUCCAAGGAAGCAAAGAAGGGCGCUGGACAGAGCAAAGACGGUACCGACGAGGUGAAUCGCUAUCGCUAUAACGUCGCCCGCGGGAAACUAGGACUGGGCCGGCACUACCUGUACACUCAAGACUGGCAAAAGGCCAAGGUGUUCUUCGAGGACGCGCUCGCCGUCUUCCAAGAACUCAACAACAGCGGCAGCACAUCCGAGUGUCUCCACAACCUCGCAAAGAUCGAAGCCACAUCAAAAGCAAACUACCAGCGCGCCAUCGAGCUAGCUCGGCAGGCGCUCGUCGCCGCGGACGAGUCCGGGGAAGAUACACUCGUCACCUACGCCUUUGAGCUGCUCGCGUGCUACUACCUGAUAACGCGGGACUACAAAAGCGCCACGGACGUUCUGCUCGAAAGCAUCCCGAAGACGAUCUCGCUGGGUGACCUGCUCAUCAUCUCGCGGGUCAACGAACAGCUCGCGUAUCUGUAUGCUGCUGUAGCCCAGAGAGAUAAGGCGGUCAAGUGUUAUGACGAGUCGCGUGUAGGGUUUGGUAAGAUCCAGGGUACGCCUGGAGGAAGGGCAGGUCGCGCUCGAUGCGAGCGGAACCUUGAGGUUCUCCGGCGCGAGCCAUUCCACUUUGAACAAAUCGAAUUGAAUCGCUUCUGA